AUGAGGCUCACAGAGGGGCUCAUCGAUGCUACCGUGGUGGCCUGGGACGGAACAAUACCUCUUCUCAAGAUGGGUGCUGAGCUAACUGUUACGGGAUGGUUCUUGUCGCCAAUCAUAAGGGAGAUGCAAGACACCGCUUUGGCCUACAUAAGGGGGCAAUUUAGUUGGAAGAAGGAUCAGGAGAAGGACCUUGAACGCCUGGACACCAUUCUCACGGAGAUCCUGACAGUUGUGGAUGUCAUUGAGAAGCGGGAGAUUAAGGAUGGCAACCAGAGGAGGCUGCUAAGCAUACUUAAAGAUGCCAUUUACAGUGCUGUUGAUGUGCUGGACAGCUUCCAAUAUAUGGUCCUGAAGUCCAAGGUCGACAGACAAUCUGUGGUGAGUCGAGUCAACUCAUCCUGUGUUCACUUGAGCAAACGUUUGAUGGGUAUCAACAAGUUCCGGCAGAAGCUAGCAGAUAUUUUGGAGAAACUAGAUCAGGUAAAAGUGACAGCAGAUACCUUAUUGAAAGUAGUUAAUUUUGACAAUUCUACUGCAAGGUUAUUGCCAGUAACGCGGCUGCGUGUAACUUCCCCUUUAAAAGAAAAUCACCAUAUAUAUGGUCGAAGAGAUGAGCUUGAUAAGCUGAGAGAUAUGUUGUUUGAGAUAAGUGACAGUAAUGCACCUGGACCCAGCAAUGCACCUGUACUUAGUGACUCAAGCAUUAAUGUUAUAUCCAUUGUUGGUGUUGGUGGGGUUGGGAAGACUAGCCUUGCACAGAUGGCAUUCAGAGAUGAACAAAUACGCACAAACUUCAGUCUCAGAAUGUGGGUUUCUGUAUCUGAUACUUAUGAUGAGAUUAGAUUAACAAGGGCUAUUUUGGAAUCUUUAACUGAUGCAAAUUAUCACACUGUUACUGAAUUUGAAGAAUUACAGAAUGCUCUUCGUGAAAAGCUAGAGGGAAAGAAAUUUCUUCUCAUACUGGAUGAUGUUUGGUAUGACGAGGACAAGACACAAUGGGAAAAUGAAUUACUGUGGAGCAAAGUCUUGUCUUCCUUAAACACUGGACUGGAAGGGUCAAAGAUUUUGGUGACAACUCGAGCUGACAAAGCUUGCAGUAUCCUACAGGUUAGGAUAGCCCCUUUACGUUUGAGAGGAUUGGACAUAGAUGAUUACUGGUUGCUAUUCAGAAACUGUGCCUUUGGUGAGAAAUAUCCAGGACAAUUUCCAGAACUUAAGGAAAUAGGAAUACAGAUUUGUCAGAGAUUGAAUGGUUUGCCUCUUGCUGCGAAGAUAAUCGGUCGGCUAUUGAAUGCUGAUUUAGAUGUCAGCCACUGGAAGAAAGUGCUGGAGAGUGAUUUAUCUGAUGAUGUCAUGAAGGUUCUGAGGUUGAGUUACCAACACUUACCUGUCCAAUUGAAGCUAUGCUUCAGCUUCUGCAGCCUUUUUCCGAAGGACUGGCGUUUUGAGCCUAAAAUGCUUACUGAAAUGUGGAUUGCACAGGGUUUCAUACAGAAGGAGGAUUCAUACGACACUGAUUCGAAUAUUGAGGAUGUAGCAAAGGGCUACUUUGACGAACUUGUGCAGAGAUCAUUCUUUGAGCGCUCAUUGUUGAACCUUCCAACUGAGUAUAUCAUGCAUGAUUUGAUCAAUGACUUGGCUCGGAAUGUUUCAAAGGAUGAAUAUAUCAGGAUUGAAAAUGAUAAGCAAAAGGAGAUCCCAGUAAACAUUCGCCAUUUAUCAAUAUCAGCAAAUUUGUUAAGUAGCAUGAAGAAAGCAGAGUUGAGAAAUUUGCGUACCUUGAUUGUUUGGAUGAAAACAUGGCCUUGUCUAAAAUUUUCCUUUCCAGAUGAUAUAUUCAAGAAGUUGAAAAGCAUCCGGGUGCUGGACUUGAGUGGUUGUUGCUUGGACAGGCUACCUACAUCAGUACAAGUUCUUAAACAUUUGCGCUAUUUUGCUCUCCGGGUUCCUGAGAGACCAUGGCAAACAUCACUGACUCGACUCUACCACCUGGAGGUGUUGGUCACCGUAGGACAUUCCUGCCGGGAAAGUGAACGCGUCAAUCUCCCCGCAAACAUGAAGAGGAACCUGCUCAAUUUGAGAAAAGCUUACCUUUUCCAUGUUGGUGGUACCACGAUAUCUGGUUUUGGAGGGGACACUCUUCUCCAUGGCCAAGGGGAAUUCCACGUCAAGAAGGAGAGUGGCUACAGAUUGGGUGAGCUAAAAGAGAUUAAAAAUAUCAGAGGACAAUUAAAAAUUCGGUUUCUUGAGAAUGUUGAACAUCCACAAGAGGCAAUCAAUGCCUGCCUAGAUUGCAAAGAGCAUAUAGAAUAUUUGGAACUCGAGUGGAGCAUCAAUGCAAGGGCUCUAACUUCUGAACUAGAUUUUGAUGUGCUCAAUGCCCUUAGACCUCACCCUGAUCUUGAACGGCUAAAAAUCAUCGGAUACAGAGGAACGGGGUCACCCACUUGGUUUGAGACAAAUUGGCUUAUCGCAUUGGGUUCCGUAGUUCUUGAGAACUGCAUGGGUUGGUCACAGUUUCCCCCUCUUGGACAGCUUCCACUGCUCAAGUAUCUUGAACUGAGAGGCAUGCACGCUGUCAGGCAGAUAGGCCAAGAAUUCUAUGGGAUUGAUGAGAUAAAAGGCUUUCCAAUGUUACAAGACAUUGUAUUUGAUGGCAUGCUCAACUGGGAAGGGUGGUCUGGAAGCGAAGAUAGCUCUUUGCUCCCAUGUCUUGAAAGACUACACAUAUCAAAGUGUCCUAAGCUUCGAGAAACGCCAACCUUUAAUUCAACACCAAGAGUUGAAGUGGAAAUAGCAUCUGGUUCUCCACCAGUCUCGUGUUUAGUUGAUUCACUAAUUGCAACAGCAUCGCGGUUGAUCUUUCUUGUCAGUUCGUACAGCUUCUUGAGUGACCUAACCACUGAGCAGCUCAAUCAUGUUGUUGAGUUAAAUCUGAGGAACUGCGCAGAUCCGAUGCCAGCUUGUGGAUUUCACCGACUUAGCUCUCUUCAGGUGUUCAGGAUUAGCAACUGUUUAAAAUUGCUUUCAUCCAUCAGUACAGAAGCAGUUGAAAAUCAGGACGCAAAUUUUCUUCCUCCAGCUCUUUGCCACAUUGAAAUAGCUCAAAGCAAAGUUCAUUCCAGCUUAUUACCAAGGUAUUUGCAAGGCCUAACUUGCCUCUCAGCAUUGGUGCUCAAUAGCUGCCAUUUGAUGAGCUCAUUGUCAUUUGCUUCUGAACCCCACCACCUCACUGAUUUGGAAACAAUAACCAUUAAAGAUUGUAACGAGCUAGCUUCAUUGGAUGGAUUUAGAAAUCUUAGUGCUCUCCGAGAGUUGGUAGUUGCGGAUUGUUACAAUUUCUGCUCCUUGCCAGCUGACUUGAAUACAGUGGGGUCUCUUGAGAAAUUAGUUCUAUGUGGGUGCCCAUCGAUGAGGUUUCUCCCUGAAGAUGGCCUGCCAGCUUCUAUGCGAACGAUUUUGCUAUCAAAGUGCCAUCCAGAGCUCGAUAGCCAGCUUCAAAGGAAGGAAGGUGCUGAGUGGGACAAGAUUCUUCAUAUCCCUGAAAAGAAACUAGAGGGUGCUGUUCAUGUUAUUACAAUGCCUGCAUCCACUUCGAUAUGCAAACUUCUACUCAUUGUUCUUUGGCGGAGUGUGUACUGUGUACCAAGCAUCCACAAAGUCACAGCAUUUUCUCGUUGA